AUGAAAGAUGGUGUCAUGCUGGUCAGAAAGGCAGAGAUAGACACAAGGGCGCCAUUCCGGUCUGUCAAAGAGGCUGUCUCAUUGUUUGGUGAGAAAGUCUUAGCUGGGGAGGUUUAUGCAAGUGCAAACAAGCUCAAAAAGAGUGGAGCAGGUGAAAAUGGCAUGGAGUAUUCGAGAAUUGAAAACGUUGAAGCUGAGCUGGAGGAGACACGAGAAAACCUUCAGAGGGCAAAGGAAGAAAGCAUGGUAAUGGCGCAUUGCCUGUCGUCUCUGCAGGAAGAGCUUGAACGUACGAAGGAAGAACUUCAACGACUGAAGCAACGGGAAACAGAGAAACACCCGGUGGAAUCUGAAAUCGAAGAUGUGAAGUUUGUUGAGAAUUUAACCACGUUUGAAGUGAAAAGUUCGAGAUAUGACGAGGAAAAGAUGGAGUUCCAGAAGAAAAGGUACGUGACGUUCGCGAAUCCUCCAUCGGUGUCUCAUAUGAUGGUACCACAACAGGGCGUUGAAAAGUUGGAAAGGCACCCUUCUCUGAGGAAGAAGAAGAAGAAGUCCUUGAUUCCUUUGAUUGGAGGCAUUUUUUCUAGGAAAAAGGGAAGCCAAGAAGUUCCAUAA